UUGCCACGACUUUCAAGCGCUGCACAGUGACUGUGUUGGCAUUCUAUAUACCUGAGUUCCUGAGCGCACAUUUUUAUCAACGCCAGGUCUCGUAUCAUAUCUCAUUCACAACCACAAACAACAAAAGAAACUCGAAACCAGAAAGAAACUAGGUUAGUUUUUAGGAUUGUGCAAGCAAGCAAAUAAAGAUGAACAAUAUCCUGGGACUUCUGAGGCUUCGGAUCAAGCGAGGCAUCAACCUUGCUGUUCGUGAUACCAAGACCAGUGAUCCUUACGUGGUGGUCACCAUGGGUUCCCAGAAACUGAAGACAAAAGUGAUAAAGAAGAAUUGCAACCCUCAGUGGAACGAGGAGCUGACCCUUUCCAUUACAAAUUUCGAAGAAAACAUCCAUCUAGAAGUGUACGACAAGGACACGUUAACUGUGGACGACAAGAUGGGAGAUGCAGACAUAGACAUCAAACCCUACGUUGAGUGCAUCAAGAUGGGAUUGGACGUCCUCCCGAAGGGCUGCGCCGUCAAGAAAGUUCAGCCCAACAGGACCAACUGCCUGUCCUCUGAGAGCUGCUGCGUUUGGGAAAAUGGCAAAAUUGUUCAGGACAUGAUUCUCAAACUGAAAAACGUCGAGUGCGGCGAAAUUGUGCUUCAAAUUGAGUGGAUCCACCUUCCUGGUUCUAAGGGUUUAGCAGGUGUCUAGUCAGAACCCAAAUCUCUUUUUGCUCUGUUCUGCUCUGUAACUUUUGUUUUGUCCCUUAAUGUAUAUAAUCUGUUUCAAGCAAACAUCAUGUCUUCUGCUUGAAAUGACUACUUUGAUGUAUUUUCUUCAUCUCGAAGUUUGAAUCAUGUAACUACAUCUAACUUUUGUUUUGUCCCACUUCUCUGUUGGAAUGAAAGUAUUAUUUCUUGAUCACCAAAAAAAAAAAAAAAAAAA